AUGCGUAAUGUUAAGAUGGCACCAAAGAUGAUGGAAAUCACUCGCCGAUUAGAAGAAAUUUCAGCUCAAAGGGCCGAGCUUGGUCUAGAGAAGGUGGUAGGGAUAACCAAGUCUGCUCGGGAAAGGCCAAUCACAACAUCUCUGGUAUAUGAACCUUGGGUUUUCGGGAGGGAUGGUGAUAAAAAGAUUAUACUUGACAUGCUUCUUAGGGAUGAACCCAUUGGAACCAAUGUUUCUGUAGUUUCCAUCGUUGCCAUGGGUGGGAUGGGCAAGACCACACUGGCGAGGCUGGUGUAUGAUGAUGCUGAGGCAACCAAGCAUUUUAACCUAAAAGCUUGGGUUUGUGUAUCAGAUCAGUUUGAUGCAAUGAGAAUAACAAAGACGAUUCUCGAGUCGAUCACUUCUCAUGCCAGUGAUUUGCAGGACUUCAGUAAAAUUCAAGACAGGUUGAGGGAUGAAUUCAAGGGGAAAAGAUUCUUGCUGGUUUUAGAUGAUUUGUGGAAUGAGAACUACAAUGAUUGGAACUGCUUGAGGUCUCCAUUCUGGUCGGGAUCACCAGGAAGCAAGAUCAUAGUUACAACAAGGAGUAAAAAUGUUGCAACUAUGAUGGGAGGAGAUAAAAACUUUUAUGAGCUAAAAAAUUUGUGCGAUGAUGAUUGUUGGUCUGUGUUUGAAAAACAUGCAUUCGAAAAUAGAAAUAUCAAUGAGCAUCCAAAUUUGUAA